CCUCAGCUUAGUUGUAUAGUUUGAGACUGCUUUGCUGCACUGUCUCGCCCUUGCUUCUCUCCCUUUCUCUGUAUUGUCGAGACGCACAAUUCUGUUACUGCAAUAAUACAAUUCUUAUUAAGAAUGGCCAUGGAGUUCAAGCUGCGAGGCGAGCUGCGAGGACACGACGAAGACGUGCGCGGUGUGGUGGUCUGCCCGCUGGGCGUGCUCACGGGCAGUCGCGACAAGACCGUGAAGGUGUGGGCCCCCGACGAAGCCACCGGAAGCUACAGCUUGGUUCAGACGCUGGUAGGGCAUACCGACUUCGUGGUGGCCGUGCUGUAUGUGCCGCCGGGCGCAAACGAUGACUAUCCCGCCGGUGCCAUCGUGUCAGGCUCCCGCGAUAAGACGGUGCGGGUGUGGGACCCGCAGACGGCGGCGUGCGUGGCGGUGCUGAGCGGCCACGAAUACCAGGUGACGGCUCUGGGGCUGCUGCCAAAAGCGGAUGGCCAGGCGGGCGGCCUGGUGUCGGCCUCACUGGACAAGACGGUGCGUGUAUGGCGCGACGGCAAGUGCGCCGCCACGUUGACAGGCCACGAGGGCCCCGUGCUGUGCCUGCUGGUGCUGCCGGGCGGCGAGAUACUGAGCGGCAGCGGCGACACCACAGUGAAGAUGUGGGCGCCGGGCGGCGGGCCCUGCAUCCACACCAUCAAAGCACACACCGACACAGUCAGAGGCAUGUGCCUGGUGCCUGGCCUGGGCUUCGCAACCGCUUCACACGACAUGUCCAUUAAGGUGUGGGACUCCACGGGCGGGGUGCUGGCGGAGCUGGUCGGGCACACCGCCAUUGUGUACUGUGUGGCGGCGGUGGACGCGCCGGCGGUGGCGGGUGGCGGUGUGCUGCUGGCCUCGGGCAGUGAGGACAACACCGUCAAGCUGUGGCGCCCCAACGGCGACUGCCUGCAGACCAUCGAGCACCCCGGCUGCAUCUGGGCGCUCGACUUCGCAGCCGACACCGGCGACAUGCUUAGCGGCUGCAGCGACGCAGUGACGCGCGUGUGGGCGGCGGACCCCGCCCGCGCCGGCCCAGCAGAGCUAGCAGACGUCCUCGCGGCAACACUGGCCGCUCGCAAGGCGGAGAAGGAGGCGGCGGCGGCGCAGGGCGGCAGCGAGGGGGCGGCGGGCGGCGGUGGCGGCGGCGGGCUGCCGCCGGGGCUCAAGGUUGAGGAGGAGUUUGCGCUGAGUCAGCCUGGAGCCAAGGACGGCGAGAACAAAUUCAUUCGCAACAGCGCCACGGGCGAGGUGGCUGCAUACUCGUGGGACGCCAAGGCAUUCCAGUGGGAGAAGAUUGGCGUGGUGGUGGAGGGGCCGGCCGGGGGGGCCGGCGGCGCACCCGGCGCUCGCCCCAAGAAGUUCCACGCUGGCAAGGAGUGGGACUACGUGUUUGACGUCGAUAUCGCCGAGGGCAUGCCGCCUCGCAAGCUGGCCAUGAACGAGGGCGACAACGAGUACCUGGUGGCGAGCCGGUUCAUUGAGGAAAACGAGCUGCCGCCCUACUUCGCAGAGCAGAUUGUGCAGUUCAUCGUUCAAAACACGGGCGGCACCAAGAAGACCGCAGCGACCGGCGCCGGGCCCAUGGACGUCACGGGCGGCUUCUGCGACCCCUUCACCGGCGGCGCCGGAGGCGGCUCGCGGCCGCAGCCGCAGCGGCCUGGCUUCCAACUCGGCGGCGCCGCAGGCGCGGGCCCCAUGGACGUAACCGGCGGUGGCGUGGACCCGUUUACAGGGGGCGGGGGCGCGAGGAGCGGCGCGCUGCCGGCGCACUCACUGACGCACGUGCCCUGCCACACCUACCUCACAUUUGACAACGUGCCCAACCUAGAGGCUCUGGGCCGCAAGAUUCGGGAGUUCAAUGGCGCACUAGCGGCGCCACAGCAGCUCACAGAGCCGGAGCUGGCGCCAGGGGGUGCGCUGGAGGCACUCCUAGCCAAGCUGCCCAAGGUUGCCUCCGCCGCCACAUCGCCCGCCGCCGCCGCCGCCGCGGCCCAGCCCGGUGUCAUCGCCGCCGCCGACGUGGCACUGCUGCGGCGGCUGCUGGCCUGGCCCGCCGACAAGCUCUUCCCGGCACUCGACGUGGCGCGGCUGGCGGCGCUGGACGGCGGCGCCGGCGGCGGCGCGGAGCUGCUGGCGGCGCCAGAGGUGGCGGGCGGCCUGGCGGACGCACAACCCACGCCAGGCACGCUGGCGGGCGCGCUCGCCUCCGCCGCUGCCUCCUCGCUCGCGGCCAACCACCAGCUGGCGUUACGACUGGCGGCGAAUGCGGUGGCGGCGCCGGGCGGCGGCGCGCGGCUGCGGAGUUGGGCGCUGGCCGGCUCGUCGCCGCUGCUUGACCGCCUCGCGCCCUUGGCGGCUGGCAGUACGGCAAACAAGGCUGUGCGGCUGAGCGCCGCCACCUACCUCGGCAACCUGGCGGCGGCGGUGGGGCUGGGGCACGCACAGGACCCGGACCUGCCGCUGCAGGCGCUGUCGGCCUGCCUGGAGCUGCUGUCGGCGGUGCCCAGUCCGCUGGACGAGCCCGACACCGCCUUCCGGGGCCUGGUGGCGGCGGGCACACUGCUGGUGACGGGCGGAAGGGAGCUGUGCCAGAUCGCCAAGGAUCUGGACAUCAUCGACCGCAUCCACGCAAUCAUGACGGCGGCGCGUGGCGGCGGCGUGGCGGAGCAGAAGCUGCUGCAGGCGGGCAUUGACGUGUCCGCGGUCAUCGCGCGCAGUACCGGCGUCAAGGUGGAGGACAAGUAGAAGCAGCAGAGGCAGAGGCGGGGGGGGGGAACAGGCGGCCGGCAGGUGGUAGUUGCAGUCGGGGCGUGGGCACGAGUGUGGGCAGCUGGGGGCGGCAGUGCACACGGGGCGUGUGUGAUAAGGUGUCCAGCAUGGGCGCUGGUGUGAGACUUCUGUGGUUGGGCGGCUGCAGGUUGGGUGGGCGUGCCGCGAGGGCAGGUGAUGACGAUGGUCCCUGCACUGGCGCCAGGGCAAAACGCCUGUUGAUGUUUCCCAAUGUCCAGUGCCGCACGGGGUGACUGACGAGUUGUGACGCGCUCUGUCGAGCUGCACGUGUGGGGUAGUUUCACCUGCGGCUCCAUUUUUUUGCGUAGUGUGGCGUCAAGUUGAGUACCGCACUGUCGGGGUGUGCGGUGAGUCGAUGACCGGCGGCGCGUGGCAGCGCCGUGGCCGCUGGACCGAGCUGACACCUGGCUGGUGGUGCCUGUACAGACAGACCUAGGCUAUAUCCGGGACGUAUGGCUACACGAUGCCUUCGGCUUUCAGCCUGAACGGCGUGAUGCAGUGUGGGCUUAACACACUUGGCCAGUUGGCCCUGCAGGCUGCAGGGACAAGAUAGUGGUUUUCCUCCCAAAGGAGAAGUGGGCUGCCGC